AUGUUUCCGAAGCCUCUUCGAGUCUGGGCUCUGCUCUGCCUCAUCUUGGCAUUGCAACUUGCUACGGCUCAGAGCCUUCAACUCAUCCCAAGAGCCGAUGCCGCGACACCGACCACAAGUGGUGCGCCGCCAGCAACGACCGCGUCUCCCACGGAAACAGCCAACAAAGCUGAGGGAAACAAGGAUGUCACCUCCAAGACCGCACCCAGUGAUGCAAGUGCUUCUAUCACGCCCACUGUCGCGACCAGCCCGAAUAGCACGCUGAGCGGAGCGAGCACCGCAACUAUCCCUGCUCCGACCCCCUCAGGCAGCCCGACCUUUCUCAAUGCCACGAUUCCUCAUGGGCAAUUGCCUCUCGCGCCAGAAAUUACACCAGGGUGGGGUGUCGCCGGUGUCAUCAUGAUGUUGACCGGCCUGGUGUAUGCGCUUAUCGGAAUAAAGAACCCAUGGAUCCAUGCCUUCUUCUCGACCGCCUAUAUGGCCGCAUUGGGCGUUGCCGUUCUAAUUAUCUACGUCAUGAAUGUUCCAUUGAGCGAUGCUCUGCAGGGAGGCUACGUCGCUGCCAUCAUUCUCACUGGCUGUGCAAUUGGCACGCUUUCCAUGUUCUUCAAGGAACUGACCGAAGGAUUGGGUUGUGCUCUUGGAGGUUUCUGCAUCAGCAUGUGGCUUCUUUGCUUGGUUCCUGGGGGGCUGCUGCAUGUGACGGCCGCCAAAGCCAUUUUCAUCGCCUGCUUCACCCUCGGCGGCUUCGCCUUUUACUUCAGUCGCUACACUCGUGACUGGUCUCUCAUGAUUUGCAUCGCUUUCGCUGGCGCCACCAUAACGGUUCUUGGUAUCGACUGCUUCAGCCGAGCCGGCCUCAAGGAGUUUUGGGCUUGGAUCUGGGCACUGAAUGACACUCUUUUCCCUCUCGGAGCUGACACCUACCCAGUCACCAGAGGCAUUCGAGUCGAGACUGCUGCCAUCAUAAUUGUUUUCCUGAUUGGCACCAUGUCCCAAGUCAAACUAUGGAAAAUCGUCCGCGAAAAGCGCGAGAAGCGAGCCGCGGUCCGUGCUGAAGGUCAGCGCAAUCUUCGGGAGGAAGAAGAGAUUGUCGGGCGAGAUAUUGAAGAAUCAAACGCUCGUGAUCGUGCCGAAUGGGAGCGGAUAUAUGGUGAUGGUGGCACCGAAAGCAUCACAGCCUCGCAACUUUCCGAAAAUGUACACAUUCAAGAAAAGAACCCUGCUCACAGCCAGGUCUAUGCUGCCCGAAAACGAUCCGACCCCGACACGGAAAUGGACGACCUGUCAGAAUGCGGCCAACGUGGCAUGGAUCAGCUUAUGACUGGCGAAGGUGGAGUGACUGUGCGAGUUGGAGCCGAUGACUUUCCCGGAAGUGUCAGAAGCGAAGCGGGCGAUGGCGAUGACGAACUUGCAAUCGAUGAGAAGGGGGACCGAGGCUUCAAUAUUCCACAGCCGUCUAACUCAACGGAGCGACGCGCCUCAAAAUUUCCAGCCAAGAGCAAGCGUGCCUCCGCUAAUACGGCUGCCGGCGGCAAGGCGCCUGUUGAUAUUACACCUUCGCCUGCAGUUGUACCUCUACCAUUUAGCGUGCCUCAAGAUAACCUUGCCCGGUCUGAGCGAUCUUCUGUGGCGACCUUUGCGGAUGCUGAGGACGACAUCGCUUCAGCGACUCCAAACCGUGUUGAAAGACAUUCAGUUGUCAAACGCCUGUCCCGAGGAUCUGCAGAGCUCUUGCGAAGUAUGUCCCAACGCUCCGGCCGCUCAACACACACGCCCGACUUCCCCCGUGAUGGUGGUGAGAGUACUGAAAUGCUUCUGACACGAAUGAAUCCCCAUCGCCAAGAUAAAGAUAAUGACUCGCUUGCCGCUACUAUGGAUCUGGAGAGCGUGAGUGGUGGCGAACGUCGCUCCAUGGAUAUGGUCGAUGGCGUCUACCCAGAGGUCGAGGCCACGGCUGUUGACGAAAUAGAGGGGGAUGGCGCGCUGAGAAAUACCAACACCGCUGAGGUCGAGCAAUCGAUGGCGACGUCAAAGCAGCCGAAGAGGCAAAGUGAGAUUUCUCAAAACAAACAAAGCAGCCUCCGCUCUGAAGUGGUUACCGGCCCGACCGAAACAGAAACAUCCGAUCAGUUACUCAACGCGCCCCAAUCGGAGAUGCCCAAGUCGGUUGCAUCUGAGACGUCUGGUCCUGUCAGCCUAACUAAGGAUCAUCUUCCAAGCUCGCUGUCGCGUGUCGCCUUGUCUUAUCGAACGAAUGAGUGGGCUAAGCACCUUAGCAAUGCCGAGCUGCCUGACAUGGAUGAGCUGCGCGUUGAGAUGCCCGCCCGCACAACGAAGGCUAACGAUGAGCGUGCCAAGCCAGUGAAUAUUCAUGAGCUUCGGAGGACCGCUGAAGACGGAGUCCCCGCCCCGGCGCUUCCACGGUCACUAUCUAGACUAUCUACCAUGUCUGCAGCCAGUGCCAGACCGCAAGUCGCGAGGCUGGCAGAGACUGAGCCAUUGCAGGUGGCCAUUCCACCGGCUGCAGCAGUAUCUCUUGAUAUGUCAGGGCCUGUUUCACCAAAAGAUGCUAUAGCAGCCUCUAGACUGCACUCGUCCUCAUCUUCAAACAUCCGCAAGCUUUCAGCGACUGUGAAGCCAAUUCUUGAGGAGGAACGCAGCCUUCGCUUUGCCUCUGGCACAUUACCAGUUGCUCAGGAGGAAGAAGCGCCCUUGACCCGGGACACAAGUCCUGACCUGGACACGAGAGACUUUGUCAAGCCCGCUGCCGCUCCCCCCGGUAUUGUCUCAUUUGGAAGCCCACAGACCCUUCUCGGCCAGCGCGAAAUGUUUCUGCGCACCAGGUCGCAGGGAAACCUCUUGGGCAAUAUUGGCGAGAUGCAAACCUCACUGACCCCUCCCAUGACCGCCCCUAGUGAUGCCAGUUCACUGCACAACUACCCCAUGUAUGCUGCGGCCUUUGGCUCGGACCCUGACGAGAUACCAUUGAGCCAACGUCGCUCCAUGAUUCUCGGCAGCCGCUUGUCGACAAACGACUCGUCCUAUUCCCUGAACCGUUCGGCGAGCCGCGCCGGGAGCAGCCACGGCGGCGCCGACAACCUCACUUUCAACUCGCACCAGCCCAAGAGAAACUCGAGCGUCCCCGCGCAAGCUGUACGCGACGCCCAGCUGGCCAACUUUCGCAUGUCCGUCUCGCAGGAACUGCGCGCCGGAAACCCCAUGAAAACGAGCGGCGGCCGCGAGACGCCAUUCGCGUCAACCAACUCUCUCCUCGGCGGCCGCGAAGCAGAGGUGCAGCGCAACAUUGAGAUGCAACGCCACGUCCUAAUGGGCCAAAAGGAGGCCGAGGGGCAGCGAAGGGAGAUGCAGCGCCGCGACAGGGAAUUCUCUGAUCGCGCCUUUGACGACCGCAUGCGUAGCGGCGACUUGAUCGACGCCCAUCGCGAGGCUUUGCGCAAGAUGCAGCGAAGUGCUAGCAAAUACUAG